CGCCGCCAGGGUGGCCUUUCGGAAAGCGAGGGAACAGCGCGCCGCGCUCCGCCCAGCUCCGUUCCGCUCCGCAGAGCUGGCGCGGGCAGGGCGCAGGAGGGCGGCACUCGGCCAGGCCAUCACAUCCUCGAACGCUCGCUCCACUGCGGUUCCUGGGUCCCCGGCCUGCUCCCCAGAGCCCAAGCGAGAGGUGGGCCAGCGCCGGCUCGUACCUGGCGGCAGGGGGAAGAAACACGGAGCUAGCCGAGCCCGCGCGCCGGCGCGCGGCUCCGGGGCGGCCCCGUCCUCGGCCGGGGCCGACGCCGCCAGACUCGGGCCGCCCGUGGGAGGGACUGCGCGCGCGCCCCUUUGGGAAACUCAGCUUCUCGGCCGGAGUCCCGGGGCCGAGGCCGCGCGACAGUUUUACAGGUCCCUGGGUGAGAAAAAUUUGACAGCAGCUUUGUUGCGCCUUCUCUGUGUGCUGGGGAGCAGGGCUACACAGCCCCAGUGGCACCCAUGCCGAAGAACAGCAAGGUGACUCAGCGUGAGCACAGUAACGAGCAUGUCACUGAGUCGGUGGCUGAUCUGCUGGCCCUCGAGGAGCCUGUGGACUAUAAGCAAAGUGUUCUGAAUGUAGCUGGUGAGUCAGGUGGCAAGCAGAAGGCAGCGGAGGAGGAGCUGGACGCAGAGGACCGGCCAGCCUGGAAUAGCAAACUACAGUACAUCCUGGCCCAGAUCGGCUUCUCUGUGGGCCUUGGGAACAUCUGGAGGUUUCCCUACCUGUGCCAGAAAAAUGGAGGGGGUGCCUACCUGGUGCCCUACCUGGUGCUGCUGAUCAUCAUUGGCAUCCCUCUCUUUUUCCUGGAGCUGGCUGUGGGCCAGAGGAUCCGCCGUGGCAGCAUCGGUGUGUGGCACUACGUGUGCCCCCGCCUGGGAGGCAUUGGCUUUUCCAGCUGCAUUGUCUGCCUUUUUGUUGGGCUGUAUUAUAAUGUGAUUAUCGGGUGGAGCAUCUUCUACUUCUUUAAGUCCUUUCAGUAUCCGCUGCCCUGGAGUGAAUGUCCUGUCAUCAGGAAUGGGACUAUGGCAGUGGUGGAGGCAGAGUGUGAGAAGAGCUCAGCCACUACUUACUUCUGGUACCGAGAGGCUUUGGACAUCUCCAACUCCAUCUCUGAGAGUGGAGGCCUCAACUGGAAGAUGACACUGUGCCUCCUUGUGGCCUGGAGCAUUGUGGGCAUGGCUGUCGUCAAAGGCAUCCAGUCCUCUGGCAAGGUGAUGUAUUUCAGCUCCCUUUUCCCCUAUGUGGUGCUGGCCUGCUUCCUGGUUCGAGGGCUGCUGCUGAGAGGGGCGAUUGAUGGUAUCCUACACAUGUUCACUCCCAAGCUGGACAAGAUGCUGGAUCCCCAGGUGUGGCGGGAGGCAGCCACACAGGUCUUCUUUGCUCUGGGGCUGGGCUUUGGUGGUGUCAUCGCCUUCUCUAGCUACAACAAACAGGACAACAACUGCCACUUUGAUGCUGCCCUGGUGUCCUUCAUCAACUUCUUCACUUCAGUGUUGGCCACCCUCGUGGUAUUUGCUGUGCUGGGCUUCAAGGCCAACAUCAUGAAUGAAAAGUGUGUGGUCGAGAAUGCUGAGAAAAUCCUGGGGUACCUCAACUCCAAUGUCCUGAGCCGAGACCUCAUCCCACCCCAUGUCAACUUCUCCCACCUGACCACCAAGGACUAUGCGGAGAUGUACAACGUCAUCAGGACUGUGAAGGAGGACAAAUUCUCAGCUCUGGGCCUGGAUCCCUGCCUUUUAGAGGAUGAGCUAGAUAAGUCUGUACAGGGAACAGGCCUGGCCUUCAUUGCCUUCACCGAGGCCAUGACACACUUCCCUGCCUCCCCAUUCUGGUCCGUCAUGUUCUUCUUGAUGCUCAUCAACCUGGGCCUGGGCAGCAUGAUUGGGACCAUGGCGGGUAUCACCACACCCAUCAUCGACACUUUCAAGGUGCCCAAGGAGAUGUUCACAGUGGGCUGCUGUGUCUUUGCAUUCUUCGUGGGGCUGUUGUUCGUCCAGCGCUCCGGAAACUACUUUGUUACCAUGUUCGAUGACUACUCAGCCACCCUGCCACUCACCGUCAUCGUCAUCCUUGAGAACAUCGCUGUGGCCUGGAUCUAUGGAACCAAGAAGUUCAUGCAGGAGCUGACGGAGAUGCUGGGUUUCCAACCCUAUCGCUUCUACUUCUACAUGUGGAAGUUCGUGUCUCCACUGUGCAUGGCCGUGCUGACCACAGCCAGUAUCAUCCAACUGGGAGUGACACCUCCAGGCUACAGCGCCUGGAUCAAAGAGGAGGCUGCUGAGCGCUACUUGUAUUUCCCCAACUGGGCCAUGGCACUCCUGAUCACUCUCAUCAUCGUGGCAACCCUGCCCAUGCCAGUGGUCUUCAUCCUGCGACACUUCCACCUGCUCUCUGAUGGUUCCAACACCCUCUCCGUGUCCUAUAAGAAGGGCCGCAUGAUGAAGGACAUCUCCAACCUGGAGGAGAAUGAUGAGACUCGCUUCAUCCUCAGCAAGGUGCCCAGUGAGGCGCCUUCCCCCAUGCCCACCCACCGCUCCUAUCUGGGACCCGGCAGCACGUCACCCCUGGAGACCAGUGGCAAUCCCAAUGGACGCUAUGGAAGUGGAUACCUCCUGGCCACCACUCCGGAGUCAGAGCUGUGACCAUAGCCCCUACCCUACCCACUUUUCCCCCAAGCCCAGCCUGCCCACUUGUCUGGGCCUGACCUCUUCCACCAUGGUAGCCACCAGACCCAGACCAGCCCUCUGCCAAAGAAGAGAGGGUCAACCCUCCCUCGUUCCCCACCUCUGUCCCAACAGACUGUAAUCCAUAUCCCUGAGUAAGAGACUAGGGACAGUUCUGUCCCUUGAUCCAGGCUCCCAAUCCAUCUGACCCUCAGAACCUCUCACCAAAUUGCAGCCAUGUAACCAGAACCAUCCAGAAGCCCUGAUUCCCAGUACAGCAGAGACUCCAAGUAGCCAUUUAGGAGUCACUCUACCCUCCUCUCUCUUAGGUCUGGAGAGGGUCUCCUUGUGCUGCCAUAUGGCAGUGGUGAGAGGCAUCAGGCUUAAGGGUGCACAGGGGACUUUGGCAGCCUGCUUAAAGCUGGGGAUGGGAACAGAUAUGCCAGGAGUAUGUGAGAGCUUCCAGAUCCUGCUUUGUGAGGUAGGUGCUGCCCUGCCCUGCUUGAGCAUGGAUUUUGGGAGCAAAGGGAGUUCAAGGGCCCCAGGUUUCAGUGGGGGCAUUGUAUGUGCUCGUCCCUACCUGGGUUGAGUGGGGUAUGCUCUUGCAGCCUGCCAGAAGCUACCCACCUCAGUAAGGGCUUAGCCAUCUCCCAGCCCCCUCCAAUUGACAUGGAUCCCAGGAUGGUGACUGUGCCUCUUUCCCCCAGAGAAGAGGACAGUACAAGGUGAGGUUUCCAAAACAUAACUUGAUAGUUCUCAGCAGAAGUAGUUCAUAUGGCCUGGAGCACAAUUGUGAAGCACACUCUGUCUCCCCUUACCUGGAGCCCAAUUUUAUUUCUAGUGGCAGCUUCUCCCCUGGAAUGGGAUCCCUGGAAUUCAGGGGCUUGUCCCCGGGAAGCCUCAUUCCUGAGGAAAAGACAGGUAACUUCACUGCCCUUUGGGCUACCACUCAGUCUCCUGUUACACAAGCACAGCCACCAGUGUGCAUGCUGUGCGCAGACACCUUGGAAACUUUACUCAAGCUUCUCUGGACCAUAGCAGAUAGUGCCACAGACAGUGCUGCAGAAAUCGGAGGUUGCCAAGGACAAGGGGGAGCUUCUGUCCUCAGGUCCAGCACCCAAAGGAAGCUGCAGCAUCCCUUCCAGCUCUUAACUUCAGAGCCUCCCCUGGAAGAGGGGUUGCUCUGGGAGUGUAGCUCAUGAGGAUUCAGAUCUUGAAUUAAGAAUAAAUGUCUAGAGAGAUGGGUGAAUGGAUGGAUGAAUGGAUGGAUGGAUGGAUGGAUGGAUGGGCAAAUGGAUGGCUAGAUACACUGACAAAUGGGUUGGUAAAUGUAAGGACUGGAGGAAGAUUGGCUCCAUCUUUCAGAGUUCAGGGUAGAUGGUAAGGCAGAAUAUUCCAUGUGCUAGGUUUGGGCAUCUUUACAAUGGGUUCUGAGUUACUCUUGUGAUCCUGAAAGCUCUCAGCCCUGGGAAGGGCAGACCAGGUCCAGGUCCUCUCGUACUUCUGAUCCUCUGGUCCCCAUGUCCCUGAUGUGCCAUCGCCAUUACUCAUCCCUCCCCCACAUCUUUUCUCAUUUCUAGCCUUUUCAGCCCUAUCUGUCCUUUCUAAGUGUUUGAGAGAAGGGGGGAUCGCCCCACCCACAUCUCCCCAAAGAGAGGCCCCUCACCUGCCAACACCUCCUACCUGGUUCCAUGCGUAGUCCCAAGCAGAAUUAGCAACAGGAAGAACAAGGCCGUAGGAGACACUCCACUAUCUAUACUCUUCUAUAUAUGCUAUUUCUAUUGUACAUUCAAUCUGUACAUGUGGGUGUAAAUGCUGUGAAAUGACAAACCCAAUAUUAUACUGUGGCUGGUGGACUAUUUUCAUCCUCAGUGCUGUACAUAUCUAUUUUCAUUGUAUAUUUGAUAUAUUUUUAAUUUUGUAGCAUGGCUGGGCCGGGCCCCAGCCCAUGAGCCUGCAGGAGAGGCUGAGCUGGGACUGGCUGCUUGCUUGUUGUGGGCUCAGUAGUGUUUGUCGUAAUCUUUCACUGUUGGCCCAGCUCUGUCCUGGCUGUCUUUGUGUUAGACGGGCCCAGAGCUUGAUAUGUGUAUGAGUGCAUGUGUGUGUGUGUACGUGUGUGUGUGUGUGUGUUGUGCACAUCUGUGGGUGUGAGUAUAGGUAGGGUGUGAUCUGUGACUCCCAGUGUUCACCACCUUUCUGGAGACCAUGUUGCCUCCCUGCCUCUCCUCCCAGCUCUGUGGGUGAGGCCUCAGGAGUUACAUUCUGAGGGCCCCAGAUGUGCGAAGGGCAGGUGUUUCUUGAUGGUGACUUGCUGCCUUCGUGUUUCUGGUGGGAAGGAGGACCUUGGCGGGGAAGCCCCACAUUUGUUAUCCAGUCAACUUCUUGCUAUUCCCACUGUUGCCACAAGUUCCUCUGCAGGAAAAAUCCUGGAUUUCUUAGCAUAGUGAGAUCUCAAGGAGGUGUCUCAUAGCAUUUCUGUCCUGUGUUUGUCCUUGUGAUGGUCCUUGAGUUGUUACUCAGAAUUCUGACACAGCUGCCCUGACUGCUUCUGACACCUCUGCUUGCUCUACAGAGAAGUCCAGAGUAGAUGGCCCCUGACAAGCUAAAAUACAGUUCCAGCUCCUCUGGGGAAGCAGGAGUUGGUCAGAGAGGGGCACCCUCCCCAUGUUCCUGCCCAAGCCCCCACCCCCACUGGCUUUGGUGCUGUCCAUGCAGUGCCCACCAGGAGACAGCAAGGCUCAGGGCAGUAGUCACUGAGAUGGGGCAGAGCAGGGGCUUGCCUAUUAGAGGCCCCUGGCUCUGCCUGCUCCAGGCCCCAAACAUCAGCUCAGGGAGCUCAGGGAACCUUCUGCCCUGUCCACUGAGGCAACAUGAAGCCAAAGCCCUGGGCAGGGGUGGACAGGGUAGGGCACAUGAAGCGAUGCUGGUCAGGUUGGCUUCUGCCCUCCAGCAAUAACUGCAGGGACUCUUGCUUUCUUAGUGCCAGGAGAAACCCUCCUGUGUAGGCCAUGAGGGGAGCCUGGAACCCAUGCAGGCCUUGCAGCAGUAUUACAGGGAGGGGGGCUGCUCUUCAGCCCUUCCUCACAGCUGAACCCUUCCUGCCAGAUACUCCCCACUGUGAAAAAGAGAAGUGAGACUGAAAAAGUUGUAAAGCACUGAUUUCCUGGUCCCUAGUGGUAGGCCCCCAAAAGUGGGGGCUGCUUCACUUGAGCCCAGUGAUGGGCUGGGGAAGGAGGGCCCCAAGCCCUUUCCACAGAAAGCCUGCUUUGUACAGACCCAGGCACACACACAUCAGGCAGUCACUUUGUGUCCUGACACAAGUUCAGAACUGUUCAAGUCCAUGAAUCCCAUGACUGGUCAGAGCCCUGGGUCAGGAUCACAGCUCAGAGGAGGAGAUGAGGCACUGUCACCCCAGGGCCCCUUCUUUCUCUCUCCCCAACCCUGGUGUACAAUAAAGUGUCUAUUCUUACCAAA